AUGAAACACGAGUGCGGCAAACCGCCUAGAUACUUGUGCGUCUACUGUAAUUAUAAGUCUGUAUAUAAACACGAUGUGCAGAAACACGCACGAAGAAAACAUCCUAAUGGGGAUAAUGCUGUUAUUGAGUUGUAUAAUACUACCGGGAAACACAGGAAAUUCGACUCGGGAUUCUUGAUGAUGCACGAGACCUUUGGGCAGCUGGACUCCAGUGAUAGUUCCAGUUCCAAGAAGUACCCGUGUCCCAACCCGAAUUGCACGAGCGUGUUCAAGGAAAAGCGGCACUUAGGAACUCACAUAAACUACCACUGCGGAAAGCCUCCCAGGUUUCAGUGUCCUUAUUGCGAGUACAUGUCUCACAUGAAGUGCAACGUUAAGACUCACUGCAAGAAGCGACACUCUGACCAGGAGAUCUGGGUCGUUGAGCGCUACAGCUCAAGGGUGCCUGGAAAUUUCCCUUGCUUGAACGGCAACUGCGGCAGCGCUUUUAAGGAUGAGCUUCAUCUGAGGAAACAUCUGAAGACUUGCGGAGCUCCGCCGAGGUUCAAGUGCACGUACUGCGAUCAUAGCUCUAAAUGGAGCUCUGAUAUGCGGAAACAUGUUCAAGUUGUUCAUCCUGGAAGCGAAAAAGCGGGGACGACUGUGUAA